ACCAUGCCAGAAGCCUUUUGGUCCUCUUCCUGGCAUAUCUUUCCUCUUGAUUUUUUCCUGCAGGCUUUUCCCUAGAAAGGAUUCUCCUGUAAGUGCAGGCCUAAGCACAGGUCAAUUUUCCCUUCCGAUUGAAGGAAAAGGUCUACAGGGAUGAAAAUUCCAGGUAGAUAAGUGUGGUUUUUUACACAGUGAUCACAUUCUGAGCCUGAGGGGUGCACACUGGGAACCCCCUGUAUGGGACCGGUCCCCGAGCAUCUCCAGCAGGCUCAGUAACCAUGUGGGGGCUUCUCUGCUGAGCCCCUCACCAACGGGACAGUUUUGCAUCCCACCUGCCAGUGCUGGGAGCUCGGGGAAGACCCUCCACAGCCCUCCGGGAGCAGCAGCCCACGGGGAAGCCACCUCCACGGUGCCCACUUCAUUUUCAGGGGCAAGCAUUGCCCGCAGCAGCACGGCACGGCACGGGGAGGGAGUCGCUGCUGCCUGCCGCCUCUACCCACCGUGCCGUGCCGUUCCAAGCCGUGCCACGCCGUGCUGUGCUGCUCUGAGCCGUGCCACGCUGUGCCACGCCGUGCUAUUCCCAACCGUGCCGUGCCGUGGCCAGCCGCUCGGUGCGGGCUGCCGGAGCUGUCCAGCCGCCCGCGCUUGCUUGCCCGCAGCUCCAGCCAUCCCCGCCAUGCGAGAGCGAUGAGAGCAGCUCCUCCAAACGCAGCCCGGCAAUGGAGGAUGAUUUAUUCCAGCUGAGACAGCUGCCGGUGGUCAAGUUUCGCCGCACUGGGGAAAGUGCAAGGUCAGAAGAGGAUGCCAUUUCAGGAGAACAUGAAAUUCAGAUUGAGGGUGUUCGGACAGAGCUAGAGGCUGUCGAGCUAGAGGAUGGAGCUGCAGUGCCAAAAGAAUUUGCCAACCCAACUGAUGAUACUUUCAUGGUGGAAGAUGCGGUGGAAGCCAUUGGAUUUGGGAAGUUCCAGUGGAAGCUCUCUAUCAUUACUGGAUUGGCAUGGAUGGCAGAUGCUAUGGAAAUGAUGAUUUUAAGUAUCCUAGCUCCUCAGCUUCAUUGUGAGUGGCGAUUACCAAGCUGGCAGGUUGCAUUGCUCACAUCGGUUGUGUUUGUGGGAAUGAUGUCCAGUUCCACCCUCUGGGGAAACAUUUCAGAUCAGUAUGGGAGGAAAACAGGGCUAAAGAUCAGUGUGCUAUGGACACUCUAUUAUGGGAUCCUCAGUGGUUUUGCACCGGUGUACAGCUGGAUCUUGGUGCUGAGGGGCCUGGUGGGCUUUGGCAUUGGAGGAGUGCCUCAGUCGGUAACCUUAUAUGCUGAAUUCCUUCCAAUGAAAGCCAGAGCAAAAUGCAUUUUAUUAAUAGAGGUCUUUUGGGCUAUUGGGACCGUGUUUGAAGUCCUCCUGGCAGUGUUGGUGAUGCCCACUCUUGGAUGGCGGUGGCUUCUCAUUCUUUCUGCCCUUCCACUUUUGCUCUUUGCUGUCCUAUGUUUUUGGCUGCCAGAAAGUGCCAGGUAUGAUGUAUUAUCUGGAAAUCAAGAAAAAGCAAUUGCCACUUUAAAGCGGAUAGCAACAGAAAAUGGAGCUCCGAUGCCCUUGGGAAAAUUAAUUAUUUCCAGACAGGAAGACCGAGGAAAAAUGAGGGACCUUUUUACACCACAUUUUAGAUGGACCACGUUGUUACUCUGGUUUAUAUGGUUUUCCAAUGCUUUUUCAUAUUAUGGGUUAGUUUUAUUAACUACAGAGUUCUUCCAAGCAGGAGACGUCUGCAGCAUUUCCAGUAGAAGGAAAGAAGUUAAAGCAAAGUGCAGCCUGAGCUGUGAGUAUCUGACAGAGGAAGACUACACUGAUCUGCUCUGGACAACUCUGUCAGAAUUCCCUGGUGUGUUAGUAACACUGUGGAUUAUUGAUCGGAUAGGCCGCAAGAAAACCAUGGCCCUGUCCUUUUUUGUCUUCUCGUUUUGCAGUCUUUUGCUGUUCCUCUGUGUUGGAAGAAAUGUUCUUACUGUGCUGCUCUUCAUUGCAAGAGCUUUUAUUUCAGGAGGAUUUCAGGCUGCUUAUGUUUACACUCCUGAGGUUUAUCCAACAGCCACGCGUGCUUUGGGGCUGGGAACAUGCAGCGGAAUGGCCAGAGUGGGAGCCCUCAUAACCCCGUUCAUUGCACAGGUGAUGUUGGAAUCCUCAGUCUAUUUAACACUGGUGGUUUACAGUGGAUGUUGCCUGCUGGCCGCUGUGGCUUCCUGCUUCUUGCCCAUUGAAACAAAAGGCCGUGGACUGCAGGAGUCCAGCCACAGAGAAUGGGGACAGGAGAUGGUUGGGAGAGGAUCUCAUUCCCCGGGAGUCACCAGGUCAAACUCUGGAUCACAGGAAUGAUGGGACACGAAAUCCUGGGGAAAGAAUGGAUGAUCUGAUCAAGAUAUGGUUCACAAAAGUCCAAGCCUGAAGCGUAGAAAGCAGACCAUACUGUCACUGCCAAUGUCAUGUGUCAAACUGCAGGAACUUUUGGGUUGAGCCCAAGCAAAUUGCAUCUCUACUGCUCCUUGCUCACACUCAUGAAAACUUUGCUUCCGUAUUGAGAGGCAUUUGAUCCCGAUACCAUUUGAAAUUUAGCAGGAAGGGUUUUUCUUAAGUUUCUUGUGCUUGCAUGGUCAGCUACUCAGCUUAAAAUGUCCCGUGUCAAGCAAAUAGCUAACUGAAUGCCACUCAGUAUAAGCUGUAAUUAAAAUAAUGUACUCUCGAUGCCUAAAAUCAAAAGAUUUAUAUUUAUUGUGUACCUGGCAUAGCACACGGUGGAUUCCAUUCACUACAGGAUAGGUUUUAUGAAUUAGAUGCCUGCCUUGCACUUUUUAGCCAUCGACAACAACAAAAUGAGGUAACAGCAAACCAACCAAUGCUUUCUAGUUCCCUUGCUUACGGGUUCUGCUCCUUGAGAAUUAACAGGCACUGUAAGUGAGACUGCUUGGAAUCUAUCUCCUGAAUGUUUCUGCCUCCCGAGGCAGGUAGUUUUGGUUGGUGAGGAGUGGUAUUUGUUGCAGAGAUGGAACCUCAUAUGAAAAAUGUAAAUCUUGAUGGUUUGGAGCAGAAAUUGACUUUUCUAACGUUGCCAGAAACACUGAGCACUCUGUUUGUUGCCUGGUGAAGACUGCUUCGGCUGUACUGGUGUCUCUGUGUGUGUGGAGAUGCACGCUGUGUUUUUCUGCAUGGGUCCAGGUCUGUUUCUGCUCAAUUUGCCUAAGUAUGUUCCCGCAGUGGUGUAGCCAGGCCCUUCGAUCAAGAUGCCUCCGUCGGAACAGCUGCGUGUAGCGGUUUGGAUGGAGCCGCUUUCAAGUGGCUCCCAACAGAAGCUGGUCUCCUGACAGCUGGACUGAACUUCUCGAGAGCUGCAGAUCGUACAUCGACUGCAACGUCAAGCUGGUGACAAAGGAAUGUACCUGGCAUCAUGUCAUAAACAUACAAAAAUCCUGGGAAGAGCCAAACCGCGAUCUUCCUUGGAAGAGGAGCUGCUCUCCUUCAGACGUAGCUAGCCUGCGGAGGUCGGUGACCCUGGAGAAUGUAAAAGUUCAGGUGGGGAUACGUUUGUCUUCUUUGUCUGAAAUCUGUCACUAUGCAGGGAGUUCGGUUUCAGAGUCUGUGGACAUGCAGCGAGGAAAUACGUAAGGAAACUGAGACCUGCCCUAGCCACGUCUCGGUUUAUUUUACGGAUUCCAGACUGUGGAACACACAACCAAAUGUGAGCUGGACUAGAUGCUAAUCACUAGGCUGUGGGAAAGCAAUACAUUUUUGUAAUACGUGUGGUCAGUUGUCUCACAUAAGCAUAGGUAAGUGUGCAACAAAUUUUGCACAGUAGGCUAUUUUACAUAUUCUGGGAACCAGGCCCCUUUUCUCUGGGGCAACAACAGGUCACUGAGUCCGUGUUUGGGUGCAAUACAAAUGAACACAGUUGGGGUUCACCUUUCACUUAGGGAUUUGCAGCACUGUAGUGUGGUAUAAUGCUCUAAGACAUGUUAGGCUGUCUGCUUUUAGCACGGAAGGAAAAUCAGAAGUGGAUAAUUCCUUAAAGAAGCGGAGGAAACUCAGACUAAUAAAAAAAAAAGGCCAAAGAGAUUGUUGAUAUUCUGUGUUUGCGUAUCUUCUGCUGAGAAAGGUUAAAGUUUGACAAGGCACCAGAGCGUGUGUCCACUCAUUUACCAAUGGAUGAUGGUGACUGCAGUGAGAGAGUCCAGAAGCAGUUGGUGUGAGCGGGCAAACUUUCCUUCUCACAGCUGUGAAAAUGCAGCUUGGCUGUGGCUGAGGACGUAGAACCACCCUGUCCGUCCCCCGUUGGCUCUGUGUCGGUUCGGUUCGCGUUGUCUCUGCUGUGUCUGCGUCCCCUGUGCUCAGCCUCCAGCAACCUCACGUUCCAGUCAGUCCUCAGCAAACAGACGGGGCUCUCACGGAGCUGACAACCAGCGCAAGGAAUUUGUUUUCACCUCCUUUUGUCAGGCUGUGGUUGGGAAUUUUCCCAGUGUAAAACUGGGGCAGCUCAGCGCUGCCUCCGAGCACAGACACCCCGACUGGUUGCCCACUCGGGCGCACCCAGAGGCUCGUGUCUCUUCUCACCACGCAUUUGUGCCGUUAGUUAUGUUUACAGCACAGUGUACCCCAAAAACUGGAGGGCUUCAGGGGGAAUUCAGCCCCCGUCAGAGGUCAGGGUGGAUGCAAAGUGCAAUCCGUGGCCUGAAGGAAUGGCGCCUUACAGCCGAGCUGCUGCGUCUGUCUGUCUGUUACUGGAGGCCUUGGGGUUCAGAUUCUGCUUUUCCAGUGUUAAUGUUCACAUAGCGCUUCAUUUUUUCUCAGUCAAUAUUCAACAGCUUUAAAAGACUGCAUUGCCGUGGCCUUCAAAACGUGCAGUCAGAGAGUUUUAGGGAAGUUUAUCUAUCUAAUAAACUCGCACACGUGCAUACUUCAAAUAACAUUUUUCCCAGGUACCGAUUUAUUGGUAAUGCAAAGCCUUUUGAUGCUGUUGAGUAGCUCACUUUUAACCUGUGACAUUUACAGUAUUAAAAAAAUAUAUAUAUUGAAGGCAUUUUUGCUUUUCACUUUUAACAAAUUCUGCAUUGAGAAUGUAUAUAAUGGUACGAGUGCCAAGACUGGUCCUGCUGGGACAGCUUCACGUUCUGGGUCUUUGAUUUAAAGACGGAGAUGCCUCCAGCAUGCUCCAAAGCUGGGUGAGGUCUGUGAGGAUCUCCACGGACAUUCACGGGCUUUGGGCGAGCUGAGCAGAGAGCACAGGCAGGAGCCCACCACGGCUGACAUCAGUAGGAGCCUAUUGCACACGUAGGAAACCGAGGUUCAGGUUCUGCAGGUGCUUGGAUAUUAUUAAUAAUGGGAGGACACUUUAGAUAGUUCACCGAAACAUGGAAGACCAUUUGGCUUGAUACACAAUAGCCUAAAAACGAUCACAAGUCAUAUUUUGUUAAUAUGGCAACACCAUCGAUGUAUAUAAUAAGCUUCCAAAGAUUGUUUUACACACCGUCGAGUAUUUUUCACUGAUGGAGGAAUUAAUAGAGCUAGUUCGUUUAAAAAAAGAUAAAGUGAGAUAAUUUUGGAUUAAAAUUGAGAGCAAACAGAAUUGUGGGAUUCGGAGUUUUGCUAACUGUCCAAUAUCUUCAUGUGCAAAGCUGUUGUGGGAAAAUACUUCUCCAAGUGUGCUUUGAUGGAAUGAUUCAGUAUUCCUAAAUGCUUGCCGAAAGAACAUUGAAUGUUUUCUUGUGUUUGAAUGUACAGUUUCUAAGCUGGAUACAUUUUAAUGUUUAAAAACUUUGUGUAUAUCAGGCUUGUUGUAAAAUACUCCUUUUGUUCCUAUGUUCCCGAUGCGACAUUGGAUAGUUUAAUUCCACACUCGAUAUUUUAUGUUAAACAAAUAAAUAGUUUUUUCAGUAAAA